AUAGCGUGGAAUCUUCCCCCCUCCCUAAUAACCCUGUCCGCCCCCACGAUUGAAGCGUGGAAUCCUCCCUGAUAACCUUGUCCGCCCCCACGAUUGAAGCGUGGAAUCCGGGAUUAGUCACGUUUGGUUCUUCACAUUACAGUUUAUUUACACACAGCCAUGUCUCUCGCACAGGCAGUGAGGUUGGUGUUUAUCGCGAUUUUGUCUUGUUUUUAUUCAAGUCUGGUACUUCUAUCUUUCUUAUUCCGUCCAAAAUGGCUCUUCGGUGGAUUUUUCAAGAAGUCGAAAUCCGACAAACCCCCAGAGUGCUUAAACAACCCGGACCUUGGCACUCAUGGCUACAUUCAUUUAGAGGAUGUUAGGAUUCAUUAUGUGGCAGCAGGAACGGAGGGCAAGCCCCUGAUGCUUUUGGUCCAUGGAUUCCCCGAGUUCUGGUACUCAUGGCGACAUCAGCUCAAAGAAUUCUCUAAAGAAUACAGGGUGGUCGCUAUUGACCAAAGAGGUUAUGGAGACUCGGACAAGCCAAGUGGCAUUUAUAACUACACAAGAGAGAAACUGAGUCAGGAUAUCAAACAGCUCAUUCCAGCUCUAGGCUACAGAAACUGUAUAUUGGUUGGGCAUGAUUGGGGCGGUGCAGUGGUGUUCUACUUUGCCAACAAAUAUCCAGAGAUGGUGGAGAAACUGAUUGUGAUGAAUGCUCCACAUGGUGCUGUAAUGGUGAAAGAACUGCAGACCAGUCUCAAGCAAUUUCUCAUGUCAUGGUACAUGUUUUUCUUCCAAAUGCCCUUUUUGCCAGAAUUCAUGUUAGAACAUGACGGAUGUAGCACGUUGAAUAUGAUGUUCCGAGAUGCUGACAAGAAGAGGAUAAAGAACACUACUCAAGAGGACAUAGAGGCGUACAAGUACACGUUUUCCAAGAAAGGAAAUGGUUUCAACGGUCCAUUAAACUACUACAGAGCUGCCCUUAGAAGUCCUAUUGAUAAGAAAGUCUUCAACCCAAUUGAAGUUCCAACAUUGAUUGUCUGGGGGGUCAAAGACUUAGCCUUGAACCGUAAGCUGCCGGAGCUAAGCAGGAAGUACAUCAAAGACUGCACCAUUAAGUAUGUAGAUGAUGCCAGUCACUGGGUACAGCUGGAUGGGUGUGAGGAAGCUAACAAGGCUGUGUGGGACUUCAUCAAGGCGUAGAAUCGUCCUCAGGGUGAAAGAACACGAGGAGUUUUUGGUAAACUUAAGAGUGAUAAAGUAGUGCUAUAGAAAAGUCUGUACAUGCAAGGCAUUAAUGAAGAUGAUCCUUGAAAUGUACAUUAUUUAGUAUUUGUAGAAAAACAAAUUGCAGUUAAUUACCAUAACUUUUAUACAGUGAUUUUUCAUGAACACAUUGUAUCACUUUAUACAUUGCAGCACCUUGUACUAAAUACAUUGCAGGUUCUUAUACUAUUUACAUUGUAUCACACCAAAGUAAAAAGAGAGAGUUAAAGAAGGAAAAAAUGUUGUUAAACAAAUUCCAAAAUGAAUUUUAUAGUCCUUUGUUAAAUAUGUUGUGAUAUUUUUGUUAUGCAUAAGAAGGUUACUGUGGAUAAUUAAAGAAUUGUUUUGUGAUAAUUAGAACCAGUGUACAGAGUUGAAUUGGUUUUCAAUGGCAGAUCCAGAAUUUGUUAAAAAUUGGGGGUGUGGGGGGGGGGGGGGGGGGGGGGGGUGUCUAUGGACGGCAAGGUUUUGAGGUACUUUUAUGGGUUAUUCUAGCUAUACUUUUAUACAUGAUAAAAUCCUUAACAGCAAUUAAUUGAUUUGUAUAUCUUGAUGCACUUGUUUGUAUGUAUAAUGUCAAAUCAUAUACUGUUUCUGGUGUUACACUUUUAUGGGGUCACAAAAAAGUGGGGGGGGGGGGGGGGGGGGGGGGGGGGGGGGGGGGGGGGGGUUCUAAAUCUGUCACUGGUUUAGAAUGUCAUUUAAAUUUGAAAACUGAACACAUGUGGCAAUGUUGCACCUAUGAGGUUUGUAAUUGUUAGUAAAUCCAAUAAAAUAAUUAUAUAUAUGCAUGUAUAUACAGGGUAAUUUAAAUCAUAUCAAUCUGUUUUGUUGUGACUUCAUAAAAAUGACCAAAUAUGAAAUUUUAAUUGGUUUGUGCAUUCGUUCUUUGAAUAUUAUCAUGGGUUUUUAACUAGAUUCUGUCAGAUGUGAUGUAUACAUAUUUCUUUUUUUGGUUCCCGUUCUCUCUUACUAAUGUAAUUUCGUAUAAAAAUUUUGAUAUAUCCUAUAGCAGUUAUGUCAGAUUGCAGUUUUAUUUUUGAUGUUGAUAUACUAGUGUUGGAUACUAGACUACAAAUUACUGGUGCUAUGCUGUUUCUUGCAUAACUUACAUGUACACAUUUUAGAUCUGUGUAUAAAUUAUCAAGUGCUGGUGUAGUUUUUUGUGUAUGUAAAUGUACUUGGGUGUGCCGGAAUUGUUUUUUUGGAUGGGGGUAGUGUGUGUGUUAACCCAUAGAAAUUUAGUACUGCUAUAUGUAAUUGUGAAAGUGUUGACACUGUCACAAGUUUUGUUGUGUAUUCUUUUUCUGUGAAUGUCCUUCUCUUCCAGGUGAUUGAGUUUACAGUUGACAUGAUAUAAGUAUUUGCAUGCUUUUGAUAUAUUUCACUUUAUUCUUGUGAUUACUACAUGUAUGGUGCAGUUGGUACAAACUGUGCUAUAAAAGAAUUUCUUACAGUUGCUGUUUAAAUAGCAUAGAUCCUUUUAUUUCUUAAACAAGAUUAGCUGGAAGAUGGAGGGUUGCUGGUUCAAAUCCUUCUUAUUCUCUUUAGAGAAGUGGACCGGCAUAGCAUACAUAACCUGCUAUGCCAGUCCACUUUCUCAACAGUAUAAUUCAGAUCCUAGCAUGAUCACUUGAUACGGCAUGCAGUGUUUUCUCGCCCCGCCCAUCUGAGCAGGUACCUGCUGUAGUUGGGUUAAGGAUAGACUGAACACUAUUCAUAAGAUUGAUAUAUUUGCCAGAGACUCCAUGAUAUAAUGGUCGUCUUCUUUUACUAGCUUUGACAUCUCAGCUUACUAAACUAUAAUUUAAAUUUUCAUGUAUGUAGUACAUUUGUAUGUGUGAAAAACUUCAAUAAGAAGACAAUCAUAGUCGAAACCUGGGUUAAAACGAACAAAUAAUUGUGAUGCAAUCCAUGAGGUUCUUUUUGUAAUAUAACUUAAUUUUUUUUCUUCUUAAAUCAUGCAUAUUUGAAAACUCUGAAAUUUAAUUUAUGAAAUGUCAGCAAAAUGUGUCUUUAUACACUUAGAACAAUUGUAUAAAACUCUGUAUCAUGAUGGUUUUGUAUAAUUUUGAUACAUAUACAUUUAGUAUUUAUGUAAAGACCAGACUACAUGCAAUAGAGACCUGUCUGAACAAACGUUUUGUAUAAUUUUGAUGGGUCUAUACAUAUACAUGUAGUAUUUACGUAAAGACCAGACUACAUGCAAUAGAGACCCGUCUGAACAAACGUUCUGUAUAAUUUUGAUGGGUCUAUACAUAUACAUUUAGUAUUUACGUAAAGACCAGACUACAUGCAAUAGAGACCCGUCUGAACAAACGUUUUGUAUAAUUUUGAUGGGUCUAUACAUGUAGUAUUUACGUAAAGACCAGACUACAUGCAAUAGAGACCCGUCUGAACAAACGUUCUGUAUAAUUUUGAUGGGUCUCUACAUAUACAUUUAGUAUUUACGUAAAGACCAGACUACAUGCAAUAGAGACCCGUCUGAACAAACGUUCUGUAUAAUUUUGAUGGGUCUCUACAUAUACAUUUAGUAUUUACGUAAAGACCAGACUACAUGCAAUAGAGACCCGUCUGAACAAACGUUCUGUAUAAUUUUGAUGGGUCUAUACAUAUACAUUUAGUAUUUACGUAAAGACCAGACUACAUGCAAUAGAGACCCGUCUGAACAAACGUUUUGUAUAAUUUUGAUGGGUCUAUACAUAUACAUGUAGUAUUUACGUAAAGACCAGACUACAUGCAAUAGAGACCCGUCUGAACAAACGUUCUGUAUAAUUUUGAUGGGUCUAUACAUAUACAUUAGUAUUUACGUAAAGACCAGACUACAUGCAAUAGAGACCCGUCUGAACAAACGUUCUGUAUAAUUUUGAUGGGUCUAUACAUAUACAUUAGUAUUUACGUAAAGACCAGGCUACAUGUAAUAGAGACCCAUCUAAACAAAUGUCCCUCAGUUUCAUGUACUGGUAACUUUCAAACAUUUUAUAAAAUUUCUGUUGGCAACAUACAUUAUGUACAUAUCACCCUUUCUUUCCAACUCUGAAAUCAACUCCUUUAUAUAGUGUUAUAUGUACAUAAUUAUUGUUUAUAAGUAUACAAUAUUUACAAUUUUGAUUUCAUAUAAUCCUUUAGAACAUUGUACAAACAUUUAAAUAAAUGAAUGUGUUAAGAUAUGAA